GUUAGAAAGACAGCUGGCGUGGAAUGUCGCUGUUUUUUUUUUCUUUUGCGAAAAUGAUCUUCGUGGGCUCCUGCAGACUCCUGCGUUUGCGACAUGGGCCUCAGCUGCCUCCUGCAAAAAAGCCUUGCAGGCUUAGCAGGACAGCCCGCAACCGCCUUCGCCUGCAUCGGCAUCGCCAUCACCGUCGCUGCCGCAGGCCCUCCAGCAAGUGCCGCAUGCUACCCUGCCUCUUCUUCUCCGUCUCCAGAACCGGCGUCGCCGAUCUCGAUUCGACUGGAAUUGGAUUCCCUGCAGGGCCGGCAAUGCUUCGUUCCGAUUCUGAUUCUCACUCCGUGCGUACGGUUCUGCCCCUGUGACCACGGCGCUGCGCCAGUGCCCGAGCGCCGGCAGGGCGGCAGCAAGCGACCCACGGACCAGCUGUACUAUAAACUGAACUUGUUCACGGCUGUGGAAUGUGCACACCCAUGGGAGUUAUCCUUGAUCUGCCACCGUUGACAUGCUUAGUCAUCUCGUCUCCCAUUUCAACAACCAUUCUGUUAUACCAGCAUUGGCGGCAAUUCGUCUAGUCGUGGCAUAUUUUGGCACAUCCUCAGCACUUGAGAGAUCAAGAAAGCAUGGGCGUGGCAAGAUUCACAAUGCAUUGAGGAUUUUGGACCUUAUACCAACCAAGCACCAUGAUGACGAAGAGGACAUUCCAUCUCAUCACCGCCUUAUCAAUGACUGUAUGUAUGACAUCCUGGGAGUUCAAUCAAAACGGAAUGUUAUGCAAAAGAGAAAAGAGGACUUUGUUAACUCAAGCUCAAAUCAAGCACGGCCCAAAAGCAAUGACAUGCUCUCAAGCAAUAUCUCAGUAUGCCCUUCCAUGACUAGAUUCACAAAGGAUGACUUGCUUAUGCAUAUAGUGGAGCUGCAUAGGAGAGGGGGCAUCAGUUCAGAUGCAUCUAUUUUGGCAUCUGCACUGAGUUCCUGUGCUGAUAUGAAAACUCUUACUGGAGGUGCACAUCUUCAGGCUUUACUAGUGAAAGUAGGAUAUGACUCCUCUGUCCUUGUUGGGAGCGCACUGAUCAGCUUUUAUUCAAGAUGUGGCCAGUUGCAAAAAGCUCAUCGGGUUUUCCAGGGCAUGACAGCAAAAAACACUGUCUCAUGGACAGCACUUAUUUCUGGUUACGCACAGGAUAAUCAGGUGGAACCAUGUCUCCAUUUAUUUGCACUGAUGAGGCAGUCGACGUGCAAGCCAAAUGACAUCACAUUUGCAACUAUAUUCAGUAUGUGCACGAACCAUGCAUUUCUUGCACUUGGUAGAAGUGUUCAAGGCCUACAAAUGAAAAUGGGUUUUGAUUCCUAUGUGCAUGUGUCCAAUGCAUUGAUAUCAAUGUAUGCAAAGUGCGGGAGCAUUGGUGACGCGCAAGCCAUAUUUGAGAACAUUGCUUGCAAAGACCUGGUCUCUUGGAACUCCAUGAUCUUUGGAUAUUCACAGCAUGGCCUUCCUGAGCAUUGCAUAAACUUGCUGAAACAAAUGGAAGAGCACAUAAUUCCGGAUGCAAUAUCCUUCCUAGGCGUGCUUUCAUCAUGCCGGCAUGCAUGCCUUGUAACGGAAGGUCGACGCUGCUUCAGGGCAAUGAUUGAACAUGGAAUAGAACCAGAGCUAGAUCAUUACUCAUGUAUGGUUGAUCUCCUUGGCCGUGCAGGACUGCUCGAUGAAGCGUGGGAUCUGAUCCAGACAAUGUCCAUGCCUCCAAAUGGUGUUAUAUGGGGCUCCUUGCUAGCUUCCUGCAGGGUGCACGGAAGCGUUUCGAUCGGCAUACAGGCUGCAGAGCACCGUCUGAAGCUUGAACCAAGUUGUGCUGCAACUCAUGUGCAACUAGCGAAUUUGUAUGCAAGCAUUGGCUGCUGGAGUGAUGUGGCAAGAGUGAGGAGGGUGAUGAAGGAGAGAGGGCUGAAAACGAACAUCGGGUGCAGUUGGAUAGAAGUUGGCUAUAAAGUUUAUACUUUUACCGCAGAAAACAGAUCAAAGAGCCAGGUAAACGAUGUUCUGGCAAUUCUUGAUUGCUUGCAGUCACAUAUGGAUCACAAGUAUGAUAUAUUGAUUGAUGGUCUGGAUUGGGAUGAUCCUGAGCAUAUCAAGUAAGUUUGAACACUAUAUACAUUUAAACAUCAUGGCUUUCCAUGUUCAACUGCAUAUGAAGAGGAGACACUCUAUAGGAAAUGGUAAGUAUCACUCACCUCAGAUAUCUGGUAGAAGAUCCCUCGAUGUAACAUGUAAGUAUAACACCUGUGUGUGAGCAUUUUGGAAAGAUUUGAUUUGCUCAGUUUACUUUUU